GUUACUUUUCCAAGGGCAGUCAGUUCUCGACUUUUAUAUGUAUACCUAGGUAUAUAUAUACAUUACUGCGACACGGUCGUUCAACAAAGAAAUAACGGGAAAGGGAAACUGGAAUGGCUGCUUUACCAAGAACAAUGCGCUCUCUUGUGGCACCAAGAUACGGAUGGCCGACCAGCUGGGAAGUUACUAAUAUGCCUAUUCCUGCAGUUGUGAGCCCCAAGGACGUAUUGAUCAAGAUACAUGCUGGGGGCAUAGCAACGGGAGAUACGCAGCUCGCAAGGGGAGCAAUGCGAUAUAUGGUCGGGGAUUUAAAGUUCCCCCACAAGAUUGGCAUUGAAGCUGCGGGCGUCGUCGUCAAAGUCGGGUCAGGAGUGACCUUAUUCAAGCCUGGCGACAAGGUUUACGCGUUCGGGGUAUCCCGGCCAAUGAACUUCACUGCUGAGAUUGGCUUCUGUUCCGAAUAUGCUGUAGCUCAGGAGAACCUCACCCUCGCCAAACCAAUUAACUCUUCUUUUGAAGACGUGUGCGACCUUGGCAAUAUUACUACUGCGCUGCAGUCCAUUGAGAUAGGACUACAACUUAUGCGCGAGAACGGCGUGACGGACGGGCUCGAAGGAAAGACGGUAUUUGUGUCUGGUGGUUUGAGCGCUACUGGCUCCGUCGCGAUCCAGAUGCUCAAGAACGUGUAUCGUGUGGGCAAGAUCAUCACCACCGUAUCCACAGCUAAGGUCCCGCUUGUCGAGAAGUACCUCCCAGGGCUCGUCGACCAGGUCGUCGACUAUACCCGCGUGGAGAGACUGGCGGACGCUAUCCCCCCGGGGAGUGUAGACCUCGUGUACAACACACAGUGGAUUUUAGCGAGCACGUUCCCGCUGGUGAAGCCAGAUGUUGGUGUGGUGGUGUCUAUCACGGGCGUACCAACGCCGGGUCUACUACAUGUCAUGCUACCUCCAAUGCCCUUUCUCGUGUAUUGGCUUGCUGGACUCGCACAGCUGUGGUAUAAAUUUAAAUUAAGAGGGACUAACGUGAAGUACCAGUUUCACUCGGGUAACCCUGGUGCUCGUGAGGAUCUCGAUCGCGCCGGCGAGAUGCUGGCUAUAGGGAAGAUCAAGACGGUCAAGCGCGUUGUUGAGCUCGAGGACAUCGAAGCUGUCAGGAGGGAAGCGCAGAAAGUGGCCACAGGAAAGGGAGGAAUCGGGAAAUUGGUUAUUAAAAUUGCCGAAUGACGGGAAGUGUGAAGUGUGUAUAAGCACGUAGCGAGGUAACGUGUGUUAUAUAAAAACAAUUAAAAUCACAUUAUACAAGAGUUAAGACAAGACAACCUAGAGAAGUGACUUGAAUAAAUGC